CUGGCCUCAGACGCGCUCUUUGCCGCGCACUGCAGUGUAGUUUAUCGAUGCUGCUUCCACACCAAGCCUGGUUUCCACGCACUUUCUCUCAGUUCCCGUGUUGGAUUAAUCAAGAAACAUGAGCCACUGAACGCAGAGUUCCUCUUCAGGGCUGAGAUCGGCUCUCCGCAGGGCAAGCAGUGUUUGCACUGCGGCCUUCCGGCUGUGACACAGAUAGGGAAAGAGGACAUCCGAGGACCAUGGAUCUCGGCAACGACGUGGACUUAUCCAACAAUAACAUCACGCCCUUGUGGAAACGGCGCCCAGACAACUGCAAAAUGCCGCAGGAUACCAUAAGGAAACCACGGCCCAGGAGCUACCACAUGAAUGGCGUCGUGACGACGGACUUCCCCGUGGAGGAGUGUGCGUUCGCUUUGAGCCAACCGGCGGAAAAACUGGUGGUGACAGCCCCGUGUCCGGGCAAGAAUACCGCCGUGUUGAAGCAUGUUUUGCACAAACCUUCCAAAAAGUCCAGAGUUGUCCGGAGCAUCAGCAUCGGGCACAUCGCCAAUGGACGUUUCUCCUUGUCUAAAUUCAAGCCUGAGAGCAGCAGAUCUGCCUCACUGGACAACAGAAUGCGUAAUGGAGAGUACAACGCAGGAAACCACAGCAACGGAGUGACAGUGUGGCCAGAGAAGUGUGUCAGAGAUCCUCAAGGACUCAUUUCUAGUGUGUUUAGUCUGAGCCUGCCUAAGGAGAAGACGUCGUUCAACCUGUCCCCACCUGAAGGGGUUCCACACACGCCUAACAAUAACAACCUCGAACUGUCCUUCUCGUCUCCAUCAAGCCCAUCUCCUCCAACUAGACGGAGUCCUUCCCACAGCUCCAUGUCCAGCAUCCCCUCCUUAACCUCCCUCACCUCCUCCGACCCCCCGACACCUCGUUCCUCCUCGCCGCCCAUCAGGCAGUCGUCAUCCUCGUCCGCCUCCUCACAAGACACCAGGCAUGCUUCUUCCUCCCCCUCUCCCUCUCUUUCCCCGUGUAUGUCACCCUGUCCGUCUGUGGUCCUCAGCACCCACAGCCCCGCCGCCCUGAAGAUGGGGACCCAGCAGCUCAUCCCUAAGGGCUUAGCCUCGGAUAUUCGGCACAGCAAGACGACUUCGUCUGGGCCACAAUGCCAAGGGUUGGCAGGGCUGCUGGGGUUGGACGCUUCCAAGAGGACAUUAAAAACCCUCAGCAUGGUAGAGACAGGAGCCUACUUUUCCACGGGAGCGGGUCACGGCGGGGGCACAGAUGGGGAAAAUGAAAGCCCGGGGACAUUAAGGAGGGGCCUGAGGAGUACAUCCUAUCGGAGGGCUGUUGUCAGUGGAGUCGAUCUGGAGGCGCAGUCGCUUACCCAGCCCGUCCUGAAAGGGUCAGAUAGCGAUAAUAAAACACCCCCGACCAGCCCAGGCAGUCCCUGCAUUGUGAAGCCAACCAGCCCGGGGGCACCCAAGCCUGACAGCCCACGGACGCAAACUCCUCCUGCAACAGCGAAGAGCAAGAUUCCUGAGAAAAGGAACCGUUUGACCCCUCAGCGGACCUUUGACAGUGAAGAGGAAGAGCUGUACCAGAACUAUCAGGAAAAGGCGUUACAUAACGAUUCUGAUGAAGAUGCCGAUUCCAGACAACCUCAAGCAGAUAAAACCAUUGUGGUGCAGUACCGACCCAUACGGACCUCCUGGAGCCAGCUUAGCGUGGUCAAGAAAAGUGGCCUGUUCGAUCGACUGAGUCAGGAAGAACGCAAAAGACAAGAGGCCAUCUUUGAGGUGAUCUCCUCAGAGCACUCCUACCUCCACAGUCUUGAGAUUUUGAUCCGAAUGUUCAAGAACUCCGCGGAGCUGAGUGAGGCCAUGACCAAGACGGAACACCACCACCUCUUCUCCAACAUCGCUGAUGUCUGUGAGGCCAGUAAAAAGUUCUUUAAGGAAUUGGAGGAGAAACACCAGCGCAACAUAGUAAUCGACGACAUCAGCGAUAUCGUUUGUAAGCACGCCAAAGCCAACUUUGAUCCUUACGUCACAUACUGCUCCAACGAGGUCUACCAGCAAAGAACCCUGCAGAGGCUCCUGUCCAAGAAUCCAGUUUUUAAGGAGGUGCUGACCAGGAUCGAGGCCCACCCUGAGUGCAGGAACCUCCCCAUGAUCUCCUUCCUCAUCCUGCCCAUGCAGAGAAUCACGCGUUUGCCCUUGCUCAUGGAUACAAUUUGUCAGAAGAUUCCCAAAGACUCAGCGCAGUAUGAAGAAUGUAAGAAGGCCUUACAUGCUGUCAGCAAGGUGGUGAGGAAAUGCAAUGAGGGAGCACGCACCAUGGAGAGAACGGAGAUGAUGUAUACCAUCAACUCCCAGCUGGACUUUAAAAUCAAGCCUUUCCCCCUGGUCUCCUCGUCCAGGUGGAUGGUGAAGAGAGGAGAGCUGACGGCCUUUGUGGAGGACAACGGCAUCUUCCUCAAGCGGACGUCGCGACAACAGGUGUACUUUUUCCUCUUCAACGACGUCCUCAUCGUCACUCGAAAGAAGAGCGAGGACAGCUACUCUGUAAUCGACUACGCUCUGAGGGACCAGAUCUGGGUGGGCUCUUGCCAGCCCGAGGAACUCAACCUGUCGCCGGUCCGCAGCACCGCCAGCAUGCUGAGCUUGCGGCAAGCUGGCGCCAACCAUCUCUUCCGACUGCGUUUCCUCAGCAACCACUCGGGUGAAAAGGUGCCCAUGAUCUUGGGGACGGAGUUAAUGAACGAGCGGGCAAGGUGGAUCAGCGCCCUGGGCCACAAAAUCAACAAAGAUGAAACCGAGCAGGACAGAACUAAUGCAGUCCAAGUGGAGGUGAUUCGAACCUACACAGCCAAGCAGCCCGAUGAGUUGUCCCUGCAGGUGGCCGACGUGGUGCUCCUGUCCCAGACUGUGGACGACGGUUGGUUCGAGGGCGAGCGGCUGCGUGAUGGUGAGAAAGGCUGGUUCCUGGCCGAGUGCGCCCAGCCCAUCACGUGCCGGGCCACCAUCGAGCGCAACAUGCAGAGGAUGGACCGCCUGCAAGGACUGGAGACCAACGUGUGACGUCCGUUUCCUAUGCUGCGAUGCCUUCAGGGACUUCAUGAUUGUUCAUGUGAAGGUCUGCUGGUGCACCAGCUUUCUCCUUCUUCCAGGGUGUCUUCACACAGUUACACUCCCAUGACGAGGCAGAAGUUGUUGGUCUAAAAUGACUCAGUCUUAAGGCACUUUUGUUUUUUUACUCAGAAAUGGAAUAUUCAUGAUGUCUACCAGCCGGAGCAGAAGGGAAGAAAAUGUGCUGUCAGGUGACACACUAAUGUGUAUUCUUUGGACAUUUCCACGCUGCAGCGCCAUGAAGCUUGCCUGAACUUGUGUGAGGUGGACCUUGGCUUUCUUUUAGCCUUGAGUCAUGCUUUUCAUCCCCCGCCGUGAGGAAAUGAAUGGCCAGGUCUGAGAGCAGCGACGGGACCAUCUGUCACACGCCCACGGCUCUGACGACACGGCCGCUACUGUUGAGGGAAGCGGCGGGGGUGGGCAAGGACCCUCGAGGAGGCACGGCUUUGUCCAAUUGUCCUUCCGAUGAACGAAUUGAAAUACGUCGUGAAGCACUAGCGUACCGUGUAAAUAUGUAAAGUGUUUUCUAAAUGCUCAUCGAUGUCCUGAAACCUGCUUGUUAAAAACACACAUGAGCAUGAGGAGCAGUUCUUGUAUGAGUGACUGUAUAGUCCAAACACAUCAAAUAAACAGUUAUGAAUAUGA